ACCCGGUUACGAAGAGCUACUAAAGUACGGAAAGUGGCUAAAGACGGAGGCUCCUAGAGGAUACGAACACCUCAGAUAUAAGGAAAAUAUGACCAACUGGGAAAAAUUCCACCUCCAGAUCAGCAAAUACUACCUCUAUCCUGAAGAUGCUACGGUUGUGAAUGCAAUGUUGACGGACAUUGUCAAACAAAGAAUAACCUCAGUCGAACAAAUGCCAGGAGGUACUCAAAUAAAGCUUGUGAUAACAUUCGAAAAUGGAGGAAAGGCACUCUUCAAACCCAUGAGGUUUCCAAGGGACCAAGAGACAUUGCCAGACCAUUUUUAUUUUACAGACUUUGAGCGUCACCAUAGUGAGAUUGCCUCUUAUCACCUAGACAAGUUACUAGGAUACCGUAGAGCGCCCCCUGUGGUGGGCAGGAUAGUUAAUAUUACUGAAGAGAUCUACCCUUUUGCAGAUGAAGAGUUCCUGAAAACAUUUUUUGUUUCUCCAGCUGGAAAUAUUUGCUUCCACGGCCAGUGUACAUAUUAUUGUGAUACUGGACACGCAGUAUGUGGUCACCCUGACAUGCUGGAAGGUAGUUUUGCUGCAUGGUUGCCAGGCAAAGAAGUUCUUCACAGCAAACCUGCACGAAGCCCUUGGCGUAGGUCGUAUAACAAGCAUCGUAAAGCUUCCUGGGAAACCAAUCAUGAAUAUUGUACAAAUUAUGUAAAGAGAACCCCACCGUACAACAAAGGCAGGAGGUUGUACGAUAUGAUUGACAUGGCCAUUUUUGACUUCCUGACAGGUAAUAUGGAUCGGCAUCACUACGAAGAAAUGCACGUGUUUGGCAAUGAUAGUGCACCUAUACAUUGGGACCAUGGCAGAGGAUUUGGUCGUGCUUACCAUGAUGAAAUCACCAUUCUUCUGCCUCUCUACCAAUGCUGUGUGAUUCGAUUAUCAACCUUCAACCGUCUUUUUACAUUCCAUAAUGGUCCUGCUCGCUUAAGCGAACUAAUGCGGCAGAGUAUGGCUAACGAUCCAGUUGCACCCGUACUCACAGAUGCCCACUUGAAUGCCUUGGACCGAAGAGUGGAAAAAGUUCUCGAUGCCGUUCGAAAGUGCCUUUUUGUCAACAGGCCGAGCCUCGUCUUCCUUGAUGAUUUGUAACUGGACGUGUGUCAUCCAAAAUCUAGGACAUAAGUGUAUUGUACAACAAGUUAUGUGUAGGUUUCAGUGCCAUCCAGUGAUAGACUGGCGUAAACGCAACUAUUUUGUGCAUUAAACAAGUGACUCAAAGGAUUAAAUUCUAUUUUUGAGACUUUCUUGAGAAGUAUCUUGCUAGAAGAAUUCAAAGUAUGACAGUAAUAGUAGCGUUAGAAAAUUUUUAAAUAGUUCUGGGAUGUUUUAGGUGGCCCUUAACUGGUGUAAUCCCUUGGAUGUUGCUCAAUUUACGUGUUUGUAAAUUACUUGAAGUUUCCACACAUGGCAGCAAAUUUCUUUGAAAAUAUUUGUACCAUGAAAAAGAAUUAAUUUUUAUGAAAACAUUUUUGAAUCUGGCUAAAAAUAUUAACAUUUUUUUGGAACAUAUGAAUACUUAUUGGUUUAAAAUUAGCAUAUACGAAAUAUUUAAAUGAAGAAAAAUGUUCAUAAAAAUUAUGCAUAAUAUCAACAUGUAUUUCCCUUUAUUGCUAAGCCCGUCAGUUCAUACAAAUGAACUUGCAUGCCACUAAUUAUAGUCACAUAACAUAUUUUCUUAUAUUUCAAAUAGCUUGGAGACUGACAGACUAUGUUAAAAAAAACGUUUAAAUAUGUAUGUGUAUCUAUGUGUGUGCGUCUUCGGAACUCAUUAAUUUAAGGAAUAUUAUUUUAUUAAAAUAAAACUGAUAUUAGUUCAAACGAUGUUAAUUCUUUAUUGUUUAAAUCAAGGGUGGUACUUAAAUUUUAGCUACAAAUUUUAAUCAAUUUUAAUUAAUUUUUGUAAAAGAGAAAGAAUGAAAAAUUUCAUUAAUUUUUCAUAAAAUCACCCGAAUUAUCUAGUCAUUUUAAUUUAGAGAAACAUGAUGAAAAUACUUUCAUCAAUGGAGUUCAUUUUUUUAAUAUAGUGAAAAUUCUUAUGAGGACAGUUUCUCUGAAGCGACCACCUCUGAAAGUGACCAGUAUUUUUGUGAAAAUAAAUAAAUACCGGUAGUGAAUAUCAAAUUUCGAAAGCGACCACCUUCGCAAAAGACAAAACAGUUUGAAACCAAGAGUGGUCUCUUAGGGAGGUUUCACCGUAUUUACUCACAGUUCCAUCGUUUUAUUCAAGUCCUGCAUUUUAAAACGUUUAAUACAAUUCUUUUUCAUUGUUAUAUAAUAAAGAUAAUUCAAAAGUUGAAAAAAUGAAACUGAAUGAGAUACAUUCCGAUGACCUCGGAGAUCACGUGACUUAUGUAUACCUUUUGUAAACAAUCAAUACAUAUGACCUCGGAGAUCACGUGACUUAUGUAUACCUUUUGUAAACAAUCAAUGCAUAUGACUUCGGAGAUCACGUGACUUAUGUACAGCUAAUGCAAACAAGCAAGGUCAUUCUUCUUCUUCUUCUCUUGCGGAAUGUUCUCAUAUAUUUUUAUAAAAUUCCAUUAGAUUAAAUUCUGUGACUGAAUUUUUUUUUUUUUUUUUUUACGCGAAACCUACACUUUUUUUUAAAUUUUAGUUUUGUUUUUUUUAAGGUAACUUUAGUUGCCUUACUUGAAAUAAAACACUCAUCAAUUAUAUUUCUCUAAAAAUUGUAUAAACAUUGUAUGAGCGUAAAUUGUAUAAGUAGACAUCAAAAUUUAUAUCAUUCAUUAAAAUUUUAAAAUUUUUACUGUGGAACUAAAUUUUUGAGUUUUGCUAUUUUAUUUAAGCAUGGGUGAUAUGUUAUUAAAUAUGUAAAUACAGGUUUCUGUAGACUAGAAAUGGAGUCUCUUCUGGGAAAAACUUGACAAUCAUGCGCAUUUGAAAUAAAAUGUAAAAUUUAAAACAA